AUGGCUUUUGUUACACCUUCAGGAGAACUUGUCCCUGUCGAAACUCUAUCAAACAAUGUCUACCAUACUCCACCGUAUCAAAGUUUGAAAUCAGAUGGGACCAGUAGUGAAGCUAAUACACAGUUAUCGUCUUCUGAUUUUGUUUCUUUUAUCACAGAUGUUGUCGCUGGCGUUCACAGCAAAUCGCAUAAAAGAAUAAAUAACUCCAAGACAUCUAUUGCUAAUUUUUUGAAAGAAGUCACCAAGAGAGCUCAUAUCAGCAGAGAUAUUUUAUUGUUGGCAUCCAUAUACUUUGAUAAAUUGAUCAAGUCUCAUGAGGGCGCCAUCAAUGUACCAGAAUUUGCGUACUGUGGAAAGAGAUUGCUGUUAGUAUGCAUUAUCCUGGCACAUAAAUUUUCUAAUGAUAUCACUUUCUCCAUGAGAGUGUGGACCCAAGUUAGCGGUUUACCUACACGGAGCAUUGCUAUAAUGGAACGCUGGUGUCUUAAGCAACUUAAUUAUGGUCUCACUGUCACUAACGAGGCAAUGACUAGUUGGGGUUCUAAACUAGCGGGCUAUGAACAAAGACAUACCACUUCUGUAUGCACUUUGACCUCCAUUGCAAAUGCUACACUAAAGAGAAAGAUGGAGCUCGAUGAUGAUGUUACUAUCGGAGAUAUCAACCCAAGAAAGAUUAUAAGAACUGUCUGA